CCUCAUCGCUGAUCUCCCUUCAUCCCUACAAUCCUCAUCUGUUCCUCAUAGGAGCACUGGACCGAGUGAGAAGCAUUGCACUGUGUGUGUGACUUCAGAAAUCGACAGAGAGGAGGAAAAGGUGUGCUGAACUUAUGACAACGACCUGAGGUGGAUUGCUGGAGGAAGAGCAGCUAAAGAUCCACGGAGUCGAUUGACAACUUUCUCUGCAUCCACUGGUAAAAAUUGCUUGUAAUCAUCACCAUGGGUGAAAUGGAGCAACUGCGAAAGGAGGCAGAAAGCCUCAAAGACCAGAUCACUGCAGCCCGCAAGGCGGUGCAGGACUCCACACUGCAGGAGGCGGCAGCUGGGAUCACUGUGGUGGGGCGUGUCCAGAUGAAAACCAGGAAAACACUAAGGGGUCACCUUGCCAAGAUCUAUGCCAUGCACUGGGCCACUGAUUCAAAGCUGUGUGUCAGUGCCUCACAGGAUGGAAAGCUGAUAGUGUGGGACAGCAUCACAACCAACAAGGUGAAUGCCAUCCCCCUUAAGUCAUCCUGGGUGAUGACUUGUGCCUAUGCACCUUCAGGAAACCUGGUGGCAUGUGGUGGUCUGGACAACAUGUGCUCCAUCUACAACCUGAAGGGCAAGGAUGGAAAUGUAAAGGUGAUGCGGGAGCUGGCUUCACACACAGGUUAUCUUUCCUGCUGCCGCUUCAUCAGCGACACUGAGAUCAUCACCAGCUCAGGAGACUGCACCUGCAUACUCUGGGACAUUGAGACAGGGACCCAGAAGACUGUUUUUGCAGGACACCAAGGAGACUGCAUGUCUCUGGCUGUAGCUCCAGACUUUAAGUUUUUCAUCUCAGGAGCAUGUGACUUUACAGCAAAGCUGUGGGACAUCAGGGAGGGCACCUGCAGACAGACCUUUGCAGGCCAUGAGAGUGACGUCAACGCCAUUGGGUUUUUUCCUAAUGGCAACGCAGUGAUAACAGGAUCAGAUGAUGCCACCCUGAAACUGUUUGAUCUGCGAGCUGACCAGGAGCUCAUCACCUACCAGGACUCCAGCAUCAUGUGUGGCGUUACCUCUCUGGCCCCGUCCCUGUCUGGCCGGCUGAUACUGGCAGGCUAUGAUGACUUCAACGUUAACAUUUGGGACACACUCAAGGCUGAGAGAGUGGGUGUCCUGGCCGGUCACGAUAAUAGAGUGAGCUGCAUCGGUGUGUCUGCAGACGGCAUGGCCUGCUGCACAGGAUCCUGGGACAGUUUCCUCAAGAUAUGGAACUGAGGCUGUCUGUCACCUGCAAGCAGAGAAAAAGCAGAGAAUAUAUAUGCGUGGAAAUAUGUGAAGAUUUAAAAAGAAGGAGAGAUCAAUGGAGGGAGAAGGAGACAUAGAGUGAGAAGAGGGUAUUUUAACCGUGCCAAGUCCUUUUCUAAUGUUCAGGAACAGGGGUGUAAUGCGAGGAUUUCCUCUUCUCCCAGUCACACUGCACUCUCACCUUUCUUCUCACGUUAUGGUGGAAAUUAGGGUAGGACAAAAAGAGUGGGCGUCUUAGUCAAAUUCCUUAUUAGUUAAUCUGUAAUUCAGAUGAAACAGAUGAAAGAUGCAUUUAUUGUGGAGCAAUCUAAAGAUUAUUCAAUACGAACAAUUGCCAAAUGGAAAUGGUAGCACACUGGAUGAGUCAGAACUACAUACUUACAACUUACAGCCUGCGUAGAGUCACAGAAGCUCAACUUAUAUGAUGUGUUUUAUAUGAGAAAAUAGGUUACACCAUAUGAAUAACAUGAUUUACAAUAAUUUGUUUUAGCUUUGGUAGAUUCCCUAAGUACUAAAACUUUCUUUUUAUUUUCUCAUUUCUUUAAACUUAUGUCAAUAGUUUGCAUGUCUGCAUAUGUGUUUGUUUUGUAUGUGACUGAUGAAGAAUAUUAAGUAAAAUUUGAGAUCAUUUUUGGCUUUACCCCCUCAUUAGGUAGACCUCAUUUAUGUUUUGGGUACUAACUCAAAAUGAUAGAUGGAUUAGUAAAAUUAUCAUUUACAUAAAAAAACAUUUUGACCCACUUGUCUCAAGACAAAACUGUAUGAGUGUCAUUUGGUGUGAAUACAACCAGUAAUCUUGAAUAUUUAUAUAUUUCUUUUCAUGGCAGGUAAGCUCUUAAUUCUGAUUGUAUACAUUUUGAAAAACUAAAAGUUUGGCUUUUUUCAGAACUUGGUCUACAGUGCAAUGUAAAUUAAUAAAUUGGGGUUUCAUUCAAA